AGAAAAGAAAAGGGCAAGAGGCCUGCCAGAAGAAUAAAAGUAAGAAGAAGGAGCCGUUAUUUUUCAGCUAAUUAGGGCUUCACUGAAGCCGAUAAUGGCGGUCUUCAGAACAAGCACCAGCUUGAUCCUUAGAGAAGUCUUCAGUAGACCGAUUUACUCGUCCGCUGCUGCAAUUCGGAUCGUCCCCACCCCCUUGAGCCGAUUCUGUCCGACCUUGCGAUCCCCGCGGCGUGGAUUCAGCUUUAGCCGGAUUUGCUACGCCGCAUCCGAACCGGCCGAUGGGAAGAAGGCGUCGGCCCGGCUCUCGCAGAUGCAGCAGCUCCUGCAGGAGGCCGAGGAGCGAGCUCUCUCGGCUGGCAACGAACCGACUCCUAAAAUCACUCUCGAUCAUGUCAGCGUGAGCUUUGCAAGGAGUGGUGGACCCGGUGGUCAGAAUGUGAACAAAGUGAACACCAAGGUUGAUAUGCGCUUCAAUGUUAAGAAUGCCUACUGGCUAAGCGAUAGGAUAAGGGAGAGGAUAAUGCAAAUGGAAAAGAACCGGAUAAACAAGGAUGGGGAGAUUGUGAUAUCUUCCACAAAAACUAGAACACAAAAGGGGAACAUUGAAGAUGCUCUGGGAAAGUUACAGGCGAUCAUCGAUGCUGCUUCCUAUGUCCCACCACCACCAUCAGAGGAGCAGAAGAAGAAAAUCGCGCGGAUGGCUGCCAUUGGAGAGCAGAAACGGCUAAAGAGCAAAAAGGUGCUUUCAGAUAAAAAGGCAUUUCGAAGAAGCCGAGGCAGCUGGGAUUGAAAUUGAUACUUUGGACUAUCAAUUGCUGGAGUUACUAACAGUGCUUGAGAGCUCAUGCCUCACAUGUGAUUCAUCUCUAUAUCAAUUUAAUAGCAAUAUUCAGGAGAUAUGUUGAGAUCAGUGAAAAGCUUCCGAGUUGUGACCCGACGGGAAUAGCCUUGAGAGACUGCUCUGUAUCAGGAUAGGAAGAGAUCUAAUUAAAGAGGCUUGAAUGCGAUUCUUGGACAGUGUAAAGGUUGGAGUUUGUUAAGCUGAAUGAAAUCAUCGAUGAUUUCAUUUCAUAUAUCAUAUCACAUCGUCAGCAAAAUUUUACUUUUGAUUAA